AUGCAGCCCUCAAAAUCCACGUACAUAAUUCCCUCCACCACCAUCAGGAGGCUCCUGGACUCUUUUGAAGUCGUCGGUCCUCAUGGAAAACAUAUUGCGCUCGCUCUCCAAGCUUCGCAAAUGAGCCUCGGUGAUCUGAAUGCCGUGUUCAUGGAUGGACGUGGCUUUGAUGAGGAUUUCGUCAAGGCUGCUAUCAAGGAGCUCCUAGAGGCCGUCGAGUUCCUUCAUACAAAGGUACAAGCGGUGCAUACUGAUAUACAUCCGGGAAACCUCCUCCUUGGCUUAGACGAUAACUCUCUUUUCAAAACAAUGGAAGACACCGAGCUUUCCAGUCCCGUUCCCCGCAAAGAACUCUCAGACCGAACUAUAUACUUCUCUCGUCUCAUGAAGCCGAAAUUCGGCCCACUCCUUCUCUCCGACUUUGGAGAGGUGAGAGUGGGACCUGGUCCUCAUGCUGGAGACAUCAUGCCGAUCCAGUACAGAGCCCCCGAAUGCCUCCUAUGGAUCCAAUGGAGUUACCCUGUCGAUAUUUGGAGUGUCGGACUCACUGCGUGGGAUCUCCUCGAAGAUAAGACGCUGUUUAGCGCCUGCAAAGAAGAUGGGAGCCUUUCAGAUGGGGCUCACUUCGCUGAACUCAUCGCUGCCCUGGGCCCACCACCUCCUGAGCUCCUGAACCGGCAUCACAAGAGAGCGCUGGAGUACUGGGAUAAAAACGGUAACUGGGGAGGGUUUGUUCCUAUUCCAGCAGAAAGGACCUUGAAGAUGGCCGAGACGAAGCUGAAGGACAACGCCAUAUUUCUUCAGUUCAUGCGGAGGGCCCUCGCUUGGGAUCCGAGCAAGCGCCCCACUGCGAAGGAACUGUUGCAGGACCCGUGGCUGUCCUGGACCAGCAUCGAACGACUAGCACUCGCCAAUCGAGAUCCGAACAAGUUCCCAGUAUUUCAGGUCAAGGAUAAAGACACCAUCUUCAGGAAGCGGUUUUCUGUGCCUUUGAUCAACAAGCAGGUUGGGGGCUACAAUGCGAACCGGCCGCCCCCUACACUGGGUCUUCGCCAGGGCGCCGUUUUUGUUCCCAGACCUUUACAUGACCCCAGCGGCGAGUUCGCCAUCGUCUUGUACGAUCCCACCAUACAUGACAAGCCGAAGCCCAAACCUGCCGCAGAAGUUGAAGAAAAGAAGCAGGAAGCUGCGACGAAGCUCGAUGCCCCUCUUGUCCACAAAAGCCUCGCCGAAAUUCUUGGCAUCAAGAAGAAGGUUGAAGGCGAGCAUCCGCGGGUUCCCGUUGUUAUUGACCCUAGGCUUGCAAAGGUCUUGCGACCCCAUCAGAUCGAGGGUGUCAAAUUCAUGUACAAUUGCGUGACAGGAAUGAUUGAUGAGAAAGCCAAUGGUUGCAUCAUGGCUGACGAAAUGGGUCUUGGGAAAACCCUCCAAUGCAUCACGCUCUUGUGGACCCUGCUGAAGCAGUCUCCCGAUGCUGGAAAAUCGACUAUCCAGAAGGCAAUCGUGGCUUGCCCCUCCAGUUUGGUGAAAAACUGGGCCAAUGAGCUGGUCAAGUGGCUUGGUGAGGAUGCCAUUACGCCCUUCGCUAUUGACGGAAAGGCGAGCAAGGAAGAGUUGACGCGCCAGCUUCGGCAAUGGGCCAUUUCGUCCGGACGCUCGGUCACCCGUCCGGUCAUAAUCGUGUCUUAUGAGACGUUGCGUCUAAACGUCGAAGAGCUCAAACACACAAAAAUCGGCCUCAUGCUGUGCGAUGAGGGCCAUCGGCUGAAGAAUGGUGACAGCCAAACUUUCAGUGCACUAAACAACCUUAACGUGACCCGCCGUGUCAUCCUCUCGGGAACGCCGAUUCAAAACGAUCUAUCAGAGUACUUUUCGCUGAUCAGCUUUGCCAACCCAGAUCUCCUUGGUUCUCGCCUCGAGUUCCGAAAGAGAUUCGAGAUACCCAUUCUCCGGGGUCGUGACGCUGAUGCAUCAGAGUCCGAACGAAAAAAAGGAGACGAGUGCCUGAGCGAACUUCUGGGAAUCGUCAACAAGUUCAUCAUUCGUAGGACAAACGACAUUUUGUCCAAAUAUCUCCCGGUCAAGUACGAGCAUGUCGUUUUCUGCAACCUGGCGCCGUUCCAGCUCGAUCUGUACAAUUAUUUCAUCACUAGCCCGGAUAUCCAAGCGCUCCUGCGAGGCAAGGGUAGCCAGCCUUUGAAAGCCAUCAACAUUUUGAAGAAGCUUUGCAACCAUCCUGACUUGCUUAACCUGGCCGACGAUCUUCCCGGCUCGGAGCAGUGCUACCCUGAAGACUAUGUUCCGAAGGAAUCGAGGGGUCGCGACCGAGACAUCAAGCCAUGGUACUCUGGAAAAAUGCAAGUCCUCGACCGCAUGCUCGCUAGAAUUCGACAGGACACCAAUGACAAGAUCGUCCUUAUCAGCAAUUACACCCAGACCCUGGAUCUCUUCGACCGAUUAUGCCGCGCGCGCGGUUACGGCAGCUUGCGCUUAGAUGGUACAAUGUCUGUCAACAAGCGCCAGAAACUUGUCGAUAAAUUCAACGACCCCGACGGCCCCGAGUUCGUGUUCCUCCUUAGCAGCAAAGCGGGUGGUUGCGGUUUGAAUCUUAUCGGCGCCAACAGAUUGGUGCUCUUCGAUCCCGACUGGAAUCCAGCGGCCGACCAGCAGGCGCUAGCGCGAGUAUGGAGAGACGGCCAGAAGAAGGAUUGCUUUGUGUACCGCUUCAUCGCUACCGGCACGAUCGAGGAAAAGAUCUUCCAGCGUCAGAGUCACAAGCAGAGCUUGUCCAGUUGCGUAGUUGAUUCUGCCGAGGAUGUCGAGCGCCACUUUUCACUCGAUAGUCUGCGGGAGCUCUUCCAAUACCGGCCCGGCACCGCAUCCGAUACGCAUGACACUUUCAAGUGCAAGAGGUGUAAGCCCGAUGGGAAGCAGUUCAUUAAGGCUCCGGGAAUGCUGUACGGAGAUACCAGCACAUGGAAUCAUUUUGUCAACAACGGUCUUGCUUCUAUCCAGGAUCUGCUGCUGAGACAGGAGACUGGGGAGAACGAGUUCGAGUCCAAGUCGUCUAGGGCAAAGGGCAUCGCCUUUCACCCGAAGCGACCAUGGAUCCUCGUUUCCUUACACUCCUCGACUAUACAACUCUGGGACUACCGCAUGGGCACCUUAAUUGACCGCUUUGAAGAGCACGAUGGCCCUGUUCGAUCCGUCGAUUUCCAUAACACCCAGCCUCUUUUCGUUUCUGGAGGUGAUGAUUAUAAGAUCAAGGUCUGGUCCUACCAGAGCCGGCGAUGUCUCUUUACUUUGAAUGGUCACUUGGACUACGUCCGUACCGUCGUGUUCCACCACGAGCUUCCGUGGAUCUUGUCGGCGUCCGAUGACCAAACGAUCAGAAUAUGGAACUGGCAGAAUCGAUCACUGAUUUGCACCAUGACUGGGCAUAACCACUAUGCCAUGUGUGCGCAGUUCCACCCCAAGGAAGACUUGGUCGUCUCCGCUUCCCUCGAUCAGUCCGUUCGAGUCUGGGAUAUCUCUGGACUGCGCAAAAAGCACUCGGCCCCGACUUCGAUGUCCUUCGAGGAGCAAGUCUCCCGUGCGAACCAGAACCAGACCGACAUGUUUGGAAAUACCGACGCCGUUGUCAAGUUUGUUCUCGAAGGCCACGAUAGGGGUGUGAACUGGGUUGCCUUCCAUCCGACCAUGCCGCUUAUCGUGUCCGCCGGCGAUGACAGGCUCGUAAAGCUCUGGCGCAUGAGCGAAACGAAGGCUUGGGAGGUCGAUACCUGCCGCGGGCACUUCCAGAAUGUGUCUUCCUGUCUCUUCCACCCUCACCAAGAUUUGAUCAUUUCCGUCGGCGAAGAUAAGACUAUUCGCGUUUGGGACCUGAACAAGAGGACCGCUGUUCAGUCGUUCAAGAGAGAGAAUGAUCGAUUCUGGGUUGUCGCUGCCCAUCCUGAAAUCAACCUCUUCGCCGCCGGCCAUGACAACGGUGUCAUGGUUUUCAAGUUGGAGCGCGAACGUCCUGCCUCGGCCAUCUUCCAGAACACCCUCCUGUAUAUCACCAAGGAUAAACACGUCAAGUCUUACGACUUCAAGAAGAAUGCCGAGAGCCCCACACUCCUCGUGCUCAAGAAGCUCGGAAACCCCUGGACACCGCCUCGGACCCUUUCUUAUAACCCUGCCGACCAGUCUAUUCUCGUUACUUCCCCAGCUGAUGGAGGUUCCUACGAGCUUCUCAAGCUUCCUCGGGAUGGUACGGGCGCUAUCGACUCCACCGAUUCGAAGCGUGGAAGCGGUAAUUCCGCCAUCUUUGUCGCCCGAAACCGAUUUGCGGUAUUGAACACCGCCGCGCAGACCAUUGACAUCAAGGAUCUUUCGAACAAUGUUACCCGCUCUUUCAAGCCUCCUCACGGCACCACCGACAUCUAUUUCGGCGGUACGGGAAAUAUUCUCAUCAUCACCCCCACGGCCGUCUAUCUCUAUGAUAUUCAGCAAAAGAAGACUAUUGCCGAACUGACUGUUGCCGGCGUCAAAUAUGUGGUGUGGUCCAACGAUGGCAGGAUCGCGGCUCUUCUGAGCAAGCACAACAUCACUAUCGUUUCCAAGACCCUCGAGCAGCUUAGCACUCUGCACGAGACAAUCCGGAUCAAGAGCGCCACUUGGGAUGAUGCCGGCGUCCUGCUCUAUUCCACUCUGAACCACGUCAAGUAUACCCUUCUAAACGGCGAUAACGGUAUCGUUCGCACGCUCGAUCAGACAGUCUACCUUGUCCGUGUGCAGGGCCGUAAUGUCUAUUGCUUGGAUAGGUCCGCAAAGCCAAGAGUCCUCCACAUUGAUCCCACCGAGUACCGCUUCAAGCUCGCGCUCGUCAAGCGAAACUAUGAAGAAAUGCUUCACAUCAUCCGGACCUCGAGCCUUGUCGGCCAGUCCAUCAUUUCCUAUCUCCAGAAGAAGGGCUAUCCCGAGAUCGCUCUUCAGUUCGUUCAGGACCCAACAACUCGGUUUGAGCUAGCGAUUGAAUGUGGCAAUCUAGACGUCGCCGUUGAGAUGGCGAAGGAGUUGGAUAAGCCAAAGCUCUGGUCUAGGCUAAGUACCGAGGCCUUGGCUCACGGAGCACAUCAAAUUGUUGAGAUGAGCUAUCAGAAGCUCAAGCAGUUUGACAAAUUGUCUUUCUUGUACCUCUGCACGGGUGACAACUCGAAGCUCGCCAGAAUGGCGAAGAUCGCCGAACACCGCGGCGAUUAUACCUCUCGAUUCCAUAAUGCACUUUACCUCGGCGAUGUGGAGGACCGCAUUCAAAUGCUCAAGGAAAUCGAUCUCUAUCCCCUAGCAUACGUGACUGCUAAGUCCCAUGGACUUGAGGAGGAAUGUGAGGCGAUUCUUGAGGCCACUGGCCUCACGGAAGACCAGCUUUCCAUCCCCAGCGUCGGUCAGGGCUUGACACCACCGAGACCUGUUGUCCCCACUUUCAAGAGCAACUGGCCCACAAAGGCGACCUCCCAGUCGUUCUUCGAAAAGGCUCUCCUUGGUCAAGUUGAAGGACUGUCCCUGGAGGAUGAGGCCGCCGAGGGAGAGGCCAUCGAUGAAGAUGACGAAGAUGCGCACAAGCACAAUGGCGCUGCAGCGGAUAUCGUUGAUGAUGAGGAUGUUGCUGGUUGGGAUAUGGGCGAUGAUAUUGUUCCGGAGCUGGAGAAUGACUUUGUCAAUGUGGAAAGCACAGAGGCCGUCGGUUCGGGAAGCAGCGAGGCGGAGCAAUGGGCGCGCAACUCACCUCUGGCGGUUGAUCAUGUUGCUGGUGGAUCGUUCGAGUCCGCGAUGCAACUUCUUAACCGCCAGGUAGGCGCCGUGCACUUCGCGCCUCUGAAGCCGAGGUUCUUGGAGGUAUACCAGGCCUCUAAGACAUACCUCCCCGCGUCCUCUGGUCUGCCUGCUCUUGUCAACUACGUUCGCCGCACGAUCGAGGAGGAUGAUCCUAGGCAGGUACUCCCCAUCGUCCCUCGGGAUUUGGAACAUUUGGCCACAAACGAUCUCCAGAGGGGUUACGACGCCAUGAAAACCAACAAGUUGGAGGACGGUAUCCGCUACUUCAAGGGCAUUCUCCACGCGAUAUUAAUCAAUGCCGUCUCGAGCGAGAGCGAGGUUGAAGAGGCAAAGAAGCUUAUCGCAUCGGCAAGCGAGUAUGCGGUGGCCAUGUCAAUAGAACUGGGCAGGAGGCAGUUGGGUACCCCCGAUGAGGUUUCGAAGAACCCCCAACUUCUCAAGAGGAGCCUGGAGCUGUCUGCGUACUUUACGAUCCCCAAGAUCGAAGUCCCCCAUCGCCAGCUUGUCUUGGGAAGCGCCAUGCAGCAGGCGUUCCGUGCCAAGAACUACGGUUUGGCACUGAGCUUUGCGAACAGGAUCCUCGCAAACGGCGGAUCCAGCAGGAUUGUUGAGAACGCGACCAAGACGAAGAGGCAAUGCGAACGCAACCCCAGCGAUGCUAUUGAGAUCGAGUUCGACCAGUUUGCGGAAUUCGACGUUUGCGCGGCUAGCCACACACCCAUCUACAGCGGGACUUCGUACGAGGAGUGCGCCUUUGACGGAUCCAAGUACCACACCAAGUACAAGGGUCAGGUUUGCAGGGUCUGCGAAGUCUGUGAGAUUGGAAAGCACGGUAGCGGGCUGAAGCUCUUUUUCUAA